AUGAUUGGGUUAUUCAAAGCUAAGGAAAAGCAAAAAGAAGACGCCAAAAAUACCAAAAGAGGAGCUUCUGUCAAUAAGCAAUCCGCUGGUGAACUUCGUCUUCACAAAGAUAUCUCAGAGCUGAAUCUGGCAAAGACUUGCACGACACAUUUUCCGAAUGGAAAGAAUGAUUUGAUGAACUUUGAAGUUAACAUUAAACCGGACGAAGGAUAUUACAUAGGUGGGAAGUUCGUUUUCACAUUCCAAGUCUCUCCUGUGUAUCCACAUGAAGCUCCAAAGGUUAAAUGCAAGACCAAGGUGUAUCAUCCGAACAUUGAUUUAGAAGGAAAUGUGUGUCUGAACAUCUUGCGUGAAGACUGGAAACCGGUUCUCAACAUUAACACAAUCAUCUACGGUCUUUUCCAUCUCUUCACGGAACCCAAUCACGAGGAUCCUCUGAACCACGACGCAGCAGCGGUUUUAAGGGAUAACCCGAAGCUGUUCGAGGCUAAUGUUAAGAAGGCUAUGUAUGGUGGUCGUGUUGGCGAAACCACAUUCCCUCGUUGCAUGUAA